CACUGGUUUUUCGUACAACUUCUAACCUGUCGGUAGUGGUUCACCUCGAUCGUGGCAUCGAUUUCAACUUGUGGACGGUUCUGUCGACGUUGAACACGUCGCGUUCGCGUAACCACGUCUGGCUGGUCGGAUGCUUGUGUCGCGACGCUUAUAACGUACACUGUUGGCCAUUGCUUGCAGGACAACGCUCGAAGACGCGGCGAUGACGGAGAGCUGAGAGUACGGUGCUCAUAAUAUUGUGCAUGAGAUAUGAGUGGUUCCCGACUUGGCAGGGGCCGGGGUGGCCGCCUGGCCGUGUACGGGGGUUGCGGGGUGGUGGUUGUUCUCCUAGUGAUCCUCUACCGCGCCGCCUCCUCAGAGAUGGCCAGGCUCCGGGAACUUCACGUGCAAUGUGCUCAUCAACAAGAGGCCCUAGCUGCUCAACUGCAAGUGAUAUUUGAGUACAAAGUGAGAUUGGAAAAGUCCUUGGCUGAGGAGAAGAUCUCCAACACCAGGGAGAAGCUUCUCAGAAACAAGGACACUGUAGAAGCGAAUCAGAGGUUUAAUUCCCUUCAGCAGACGCACAAAAUACUGCUGACCAGGCACCAGGAUCUGCAAGAGGAGUGCAAGAAGCGCGAGACCCAAGUAAUGGAGGACACCAACAAGUUAGAAGCAACGCUCAAGGAAUUUCGCAGUCGUAUCAAGCAGGCAAGGGUGGACAAAGAGGCUUUUGAGCAUCUGAAGAAUGAAUUCCUGCAGCAGGAUACACAGAAGACCCAACUAGAGAAAAAGUACGCUGAGCUGUUGAAGGCCAAUGGCAACACUGACAGCACCAUCCAACAUCUCAGAAAGGAGGUGAUUCAAUUGAAACGUGAACUAGAAGAGACGAAGAAAACUGCAUGCAAAGCUACUUCCCCUGGGCCAAGCAUACCCAAUCCUUUGCCUGCACAGCCAGUGGAGGCACAAAUGAAACCAGGAGAGCCAGGACAGGAAGUACAACCUGUUGGCCCAUCAUAUCAGCAACCACAGAGCACAGUGGCGACCAGUUCAAUGAAAUCGAUCCCAGCCUUGAAGUUGGAGACUUCAACACCUGCAAGCAGUGGUAAUCCAGCGUCAACGGCCGUCGACAAAGCGCUUGCUGUCGCGAAACCGGCCUCGAAGGUUAAACUUCCGGUUGGUGUGCUGCCAAUUCCGGUGAUGAUCGACCAGAAGCUGGAGAAUCGCGAGGAGAAACAGAACGAAGUGGCCAAGAAGAAGGAAGAGCCCAAACAAAGAAACAGCGUGGACAGUAAGGAGCAGGAGAUUGAAAAUGAAAACUUGGACCUUCCACUUCCGGCCAUUCCAGCCAGAAGGGUUGAGGAUCAACUCCCAGACAGAAGAGGAGGAAAUGGUUGGUUCAAUGUUGGUCCUGGUGUACAGGAAAUUGGGGAAGAGUUGAACCACAUCAGGCUUCCUGGUUUGGAUGUUGGAGCUGAGCGAAAUGCUGAUGCUGGUGAUGAUCACUAUGAUGGAGUUGAAUAUGACAAGGAUCCUCAACAGAAGAACAGUGAUUUGCAGUUGGUUGAAGGUGAAGAUGUGGAAGAUGAGGAUGAUCAGAUAGACUAA